GGACGCAGAGGAAACAGAGGCGAAAUUAUACUUCUAUGAAAAGUGUGGCAUUCCGGGCGUGUUGUUUGCAAUAGAUGGCACACAUAUACAAAUGAUAAGACCAACAAGGAAUGAGCAUUUGUACUACAAUAGAAAACUGAAGCACAGUAUGAAUGCAAUGGUUAUGUGUGACCACAAGAUGAGAAUUAGAGCUGUUGACGCGCGAUACGGUGGUGCAUGCCAUGAUUCCCAUGUAUGGAACCUGUCCAGUGAGAGAAGGGCUUUAAAAGCUCGUUUUGAUAAUGGCGAGAGAGGGAUAUGGAGUCUUGGCGACUCAGGAUAUCCAUUGGAACCAUGGAUGUUAACUCCCUAUCGUAAUGCCGCCGAAAAUUCAGCGGAAGGCCGGUUUAAUCACUGCCAUGCCAAAGGACGGUCAAUCAUCGAACGAGUAUUUGGAAUAUUGAAAGGAAGGUUUCGAUGUCUUUUGGCAGCACGCGAGCUGCAUUAUACUCCGCAAAAGGUUUCAGCUAUAAUGAACGUUUGCUGCGCUUUGCACAACAUUCGUCUGCAAUUUAAAGCUGAGCUGCAACCUUCAGAAGUUUUUCCCACAGAAGAUGUACAUUUAUUAGAAACUGUGUAUAUGGUGGAAGCGGACAGUAGUACAGCAAAUAUUUCUAGGAACUUAAGAGAUGAAAUAAGAAACAGUUUAAUUGCAUAGGUGUAGCAAAAUAUUUUAUUAAUUCAAGUGUGUGUAUACAUAGUAGCUCAAAAUCAAAUCAUAAAGUGAUAUUUUAACAAUAUUCGCAAUGUUUUUAAUUCUGAAACUUUUUUGUAAAUAUUUUAAAAUAGUAUAGCUGAUUAUCUAAAAAAAUCGUAUAAAUCUAAGUUGUAAACUUGUGCCAAAAUUAGGAAAUAUCAACAAAUUUUCAUACAAAUUGCCAACUUUUUUACUAGAAUUUCUUGACAAAAAUUUGGCCUGUUAAACUUAAAUAUAAUGUGGAAGUUCUAAGUCCAUAAAAAAUUCCGUUGAUUUUUGAUAACUUUCUUUG